AUGCGAAGAAAACAAUCAAAACAGGGUCUUCCAUCAAAACCGAACGAAAGAGCUGCGGGUCAAACCUCUGUGACUCCACCAGACGAAACACAUCUUGCGGCCGGAAGCGAUUUUGGCAUUGGCGAUGCAAAUGCGGAUGAACUACUCAAAAUCCACAACCAUGGAUUCGAGUCGUGUCCACAUAUGUUGUGUAAAGAAGAACUUUUAGGGUGGCCAAAUCAGAUCGUGCCGGCGUUGGGACCGAUGACGUGUGAUCCAGAAGGCAGGUCCGUGACCAGGCUUUCAAGGUCGAUAAAGGGGUUUUUGGAGAAGUUGGAGAAAGCCAGCGGGAAUCCGGAGAUCAUCCCCGAGGUGGAAGCACAAGGUGAGAAGCCGGUGGCCGGGGUUUCACUCGAUUCGGAUAAAGGUUCCACAAUGGGCAUCGUGGGCGUUAAAGUCGUUGUCUGGGAAAUUCUACAAGGUGCCCCGCCACCCACCCUUACCACAACAGGAACGGCGGCAAAAGACGACGAUAGUGCGCGAAGCCAAAUGUCGAGUCGGGCGCCACGCUGCAAGCGUGCAGGCGCACUGGAAGCCAAAAGUUUUGGAGCCGACGCGAGAUGCCGAAGGAUGGGAAGCUUUGAGGAUGAGGAUAGGAAAAUGAUGACUCGGAUAUGUACACGGACGCUCGCGAAUCGAUCAGUCAGCACGGGGAAAAAACAGAAUAACGACAACAACAAGAAUGGAAAUGAGGACAAUGAUGACGAUUGGGGAACUGGG